UAUUUACGAUUAGUAAGAUAUUUAUCUUAAAUUUGUAUGAAAAUGAAUUCCUAAUCCUAGCGCAUCAGAUUUCGAAGUUAAAACGAGUUAGAACGAAGCUUUAGAUGAUGACGACGAUGAUGAAGAACAAAGCUACGAAUUAUUUCUUCAGAUACUCUCGAUUUUUCCACUCGGAUCAACGUUUCAAUCUUAAUUACAAGAAUUCGCUUCUCCUUUCAGGAAUUCCCUCGUGCUCCAAAACGCCUGGCAUUAGGGACUGGACGCCAAAUUCACCAUUUCUUGGUUCAAUUCGAGGUUGCAGAAAUGCUCUUAACGCUUCUGCGCUCGAUCAUUUUAGAGUGGGAGGCGGAUUUCAGUUCAGACGCUUUACUUCAUUAUCGUCGGAGGUUCAGAGAAAUCCUUCAUUUUCGAGGUUAAAUUCUGAUGAUAUCGACUUUUUCCGGAGUAUUUUGGGGGAGAAAAAUGUAGUUCAGGAUGAGGACAGGCUUUUGGAUGCAAAUACAGAUUGGAUGCGGAAGUAUAGAGGGUCGAGUAAGCUUUUACUACAACCUAGGAGCACUGAGGAGGUCUCUCAGAUUCUUAAAUACUGUAACUCCAGAUACUUGCCUGUUGUACCCCAAGGUGGAAAUACUGGUCUUGUUGGCGGAAGUGUUCCAGUUUUUGAUGAACUUUCUUUGCAGGUAAUUAUCAACCUUGGAUUGUUGAAUGACAUCAUAUCAUUUGACAAGGUUAGUGGCAUACUUGUUUGUGAAGCCGGUGGCAUCUUAGAAAACUUGUCUUCCUUCCUGGACAACCUAGGAUUUAUCAUGCCACUGGACUUGGGUGCUAAAGGAAGCUGCCAGAUUGGUGGAAAUGUUUCCACUAAUGCAGGUGGUUUGCGCCUUGUUCGUUAUGGAUCUCUUCAUGGAAGUGUACUUGGCCUUGAAGUUGUUUUAGCAGAUGGUAGUGUGCUUGACAUGCUGGGAACUUUACGUAAAGAUAAUACUGGAUAUGAUUUAAAACAUUUGUUUAUAGGUAGUGAAGGUACCUUGGGAAUUAUAACUAAGAUUUCAAUUCUUACCCCACCUAAACUACCCGCUACUAACGUAGCAUUUCUUGGUUGUAAAGAUUACUCGAGCUGCCAGAAACUUCUAGUGGAUGCAAAGAGGAAACUUGGGGAGAUUCUUUCAGCGUUUGAAUUUCUGGAUAACAUGUCGAUGGAUUUGGUUCUCAAUCAUUUAGAAGGUAUUCGGAAUCCAUUGCCUCCAAUGCACAACUUUUAUGUUCUAAUCGAGACGACUGGCAAUGAUGAAUCAUAUGACAAGGAAAAGCUUGAAGCAUUUCUACUUAGUUCGAUGGAAGGCGGCUUGAUCUCUGACGGUGUCCUUGCACAAGACAUCAAUCAAAUAUCCUCUUUUUGGCAGAUCCGUGAGGGCAUUCCAGAGGCAUUGAUGAAAGCAGGAGCUGUUUACAAGUAUGAUUUGUCAUUACCUGUUGAGAAGAUGUACGAUCUUGUUGAAGUGAUGCGAACAAGACUUGGUGAUUCCGUUAAAGUAGUUGGUUACGGCCACCUUGGAGAUGGUAACUUGCAUCUGAAUAUUUCAACUCCACAAUAUGAUGAUGCGGUUUUAGCACAGAUUGAACCCUUUGUCUAUGAAUGGACUUCUAACCAUCGUGGAAGCAUCAGUGCAGAGCAUGGCUUGGGACUGAUGAAAGCCAACAAGAUUUUUUAUAGCAAGUCACCUGAAACUGUACAAAUCAUGGCUUCUAUCAAGAAAUUGCUGGACCCUCGUGGCAUACUCAACCCCUAUAAAGUUCUGCCGCACUCCCUUGAUUCCUCACCCGAAGCAGGUUCUUGAAUAAAUGUCUCAAGUGUUUGAGUUUUAGCAGAGCAUUUGACAGUUGCUUGUGAAAUAAAGAAUCCAGAACAAAGGGGUUUGCAUAAUGACGCCUUGGCAAAUCCAAAAUGCACAGAUGACAAUUCCUUAACUGAAGGGAUGUUGUAAGUAGCUAAUCAUAAAAAUAAGAAAUCAGUUCUGUGAUUUAUAGCUUCCAUGGAUGUAUCAGACAUUAACUGGUUAGAUUGUAGUGAAAAGCAUCAAUAAUGUUUGAGAAAUCCCAACUUUCAUGCGA